CAAAGGGUUCCUGCCCGCUAACGCCCUCAACCUCCCUCCCUCCUUCCCACCUCCAAACCAUCGCAUCCUCCAUCUGCACCUGAGCAGCACAACCACACAAACACACUCUUCAGCAUUACUCCUCUCUCUCUCUCUCUGGAUCCUGCCAUAGAGAAGAUUCCACUCGUUUGUCGACUUUCCUUCGAUGCUCACACCCUCUCGGUCAAUUGUAUCACACCAUCUCUAUACCGACUCUCUCUCGUAUUCCCCGAUCUUGCCUCUUUGCUGCCGGUCAGAAAGGAGUUGCUCGCAACGCGACAGAACUCACGAAACUCUCUCUCUGCCCACUUCUCCUCCUCCACAUUCGUGUCACCUAGCUCUAGGUGACCUGACCUAGUCUUUGAGGCACACGCAAUAUUGACAAAGCACUGUCGUGGUCUGGAACGGUCAUCACAGCCCCAGCGUCUUUUCUGGUACCUUUGGAUUGGAGCCCACUCAAUCUCAAUCACCUCGCCGUCCUCCCACGCUGGCUCACGCUCGUUCAAGCACAAUUGAGGCACCUCAUACUCUCAAGACGUACUCAGCCCGUGUGGCGAUCGACAUCUUCGACAACGAGUCGGUCGCCAUCUGACAAUGUCGUCUUCAGGCAAUUCUCCGCCACCUCCUCGAGUACCCCCUCACAUCAGGCUGAACUCGGGCCAGGAAGAUAUCCUCAACGCAAACAAUAACAGCUCCUCACGAACCUUGGUCCCUACAUCCUCUAGACCCACCACCGGCCCUAGUUCCCGCCUCAACAACGUCUACAACUCUAACCAAGUUCAAGAUUCCGCCGAACGACUUCUACCUCCUUCCAGAAAUAGAUUUCGAGAUGCCUCCCCGUUGAGAUCUCCUGCGCGCUCCAGUUAUUCUUCCAGACGUUCAAGUUGGGAGUCGGACCGGAGCAGAGACAGCAGAGGUUAUGAGAAUCCGUUUCGCGAUUCAAGUCAGUCUCGACCGGGCUCUCGAGCAGGAAGCGAAGAAGAUGUCAAUACUCAGACCGUGAGUGAAAAGUACAAUAUUCUCCCGUCCGCGGGCCUGCUUUUGUUCCCGGAAGAUGUCGAGAAGGAUGAUUAUCUACACAAUCCUGACCCAAACGGCGAACAACGGGAUUGUGAUAUCUUCACGAAGCGUGGUAUUGUCAACGUAGGAAGCUUGGCUUUCAUCACACUUGGUCUGCUCGCCCUCUUUAUUGGGUAUCCUGUUGUGACGUUUGUACAGAAGAUCACAGCCAUUGCCGACCCGUGCUCAGCUAACCCAGACUGCAUUAAAUCUGUAGGCAAAGUGCCUCUCCUGAAGAAUAUGCGACAUGGUCUGAUCGACCCUGCAACGCCACAAUCCGCUCGCACCAAAAAGGACUUCCACGGCAAGACAUGGAACCUGGUCUUCUCCGAUGAAUUCUCCACACCAGGACGCACCUUCUAUGAAGGUGAUGAUCCAUAUUGGACGGGCAUGGACUUUUGGUACGGCGUGACCAGAGACCUUGAGUGGUACGAUCCAGAUGCUGCGACAACCAACGACGGCGUGUUGGAAUUGCGCUUCGAUGCCUUUCAGAACCACGGCCUCAACUACAGGUCUGGCAUGAUACAGUCCUGGAAUCAAAUGUGCUUCAAAGGUGGCAGACUGGAAGCUAGUAUCUCGUUACCUGGUCGUGGUGAUACCGUGGGGUUCUGGCCCGGUUUUUGGGCGAUGGGCAACCUGGGCAGAGCAGGCUAUGCCGCCACAACGGACGGACUCUGGCCCUAUUCAUAUGCCGAUGUCUGCGACGCCGGCAUAACUGCCAACCAGAGUUCUCCAGACGGUAUCAAUUUCCUUCCUGGCAUGCGGCUACCAGCUUGUACUUGCAGCGGCGAAGACCAUCCCAGCCCUGGAAAGUCUCGAUCCGCACCGGAAAUUGAUGCCCUAGAGGCCAGUAACGCGCCAUACGAUGAAACGGGAUAUGUCAUCGGCCACGUUUCUCAGACCUUUCAAGUUGCCCCCAUGGAUAUCUGGUAUCAACCCGAUUACGACUUUGUUGAGGUCUUUGACGAUACUAUCACGCACAUGAACGAGUAUAAAGGAGGCCCCUUUCAGCAAGCUGUAUCUGGCCUCUCGAACUUGAACAAUGACUGGUAUGACGGCAAAGCUUACCAGGUUUAUGCCUUUGAGUAUACUCCCGGAGCUACGGGAGACGUGAUCUGGUACGUGGGAGAGGAUACGCCCGUCUGGCGCCUAGCAGGUCAGGCCCUGGGACCCAACGGAAACGUGGCACAAAGACCUAUACCAGAAGAGCCCAUGUACAUCAUCACCAAUUUCGGCAUGUCGCCAGGGUUCUCACCACUCAACAUGACUGGGCUUGCACCUUUGAUGCCAGCCAAAAUGAGAGUCGACUAUAUCCGUGUUUACCAGGGAGACGACAUGGAACUGAGCUGCGACCCUGAGGGCUACGAGACAACACAGUACAUCAAAGAUCAUAUUGAUAUAUACACGAAUCCCAAUAUCACUACUUGGCCCGACACUGGCUAUGCGUGGCCCAAGAAUGAAUUGGUGGAUGGAUGUUAAUGCUAAUCUAUAAUUUGCGCGACCAUGACCGACAACGUACUCGAAUGUACAGAAUCUUUGAAUUUGCUCGAUUUAGCGGCAUGUCACUAAGCACUGUGGCGUUGUGGGAAUCUUUCGAUUAUCAGGGACGAUUGUUGAACCAGGAACUCGUCCCUUGGGCGGGACGGACCUUUUGCACAACUCCAUCUAAACUCACGAGUCAUACGGGAAUGACGACGGUUUCCCAGUAAAUCAGGGUGAUUGAACCUUUUUUUUUGUUUUGUUUUAGAGAGUCGCCGCUGGUCGUCCACAAAUCAGUUACUACUGGGGAAGAGGAUGAAUUGGACAUUGACACAAUGAUCGAAUUGUGCGUGGGCAGGCGUUGAGAAAUGAGGGAGUCGAGUUCUGUGGACGAUGAAGGUGCUCUGGGUAAAAGCUCUUAUAGACGCUCGAAAAGCUUGUAGAUAUACCCGACAUUGGAUUAAGCACCUA